ACCACCUCUCGUUAGUUUCUCUUACAAGUAGCGCAAAAAGCAUUCAUAACAUUCCAACAACGUUGUUUUCUAAUCGUGGUUGUGGAGUCUCAGAAUAGUCCUUCUAACACAACCAUUUUAACGUAAUUAUAAAUGAACACUGCAAUUUUAGGCGCAUUUUUUAAAAACACUUUAAAUGAAAGACUUGUUAAUUAACUCGUGAGUUCAGAGUUCAGUAAGGCAUGCUGGGAGCAGGGACUACACUCAAAUGUGCAGGAGAGUGCUGGGAAAUGCCCGUGCCAGCAGUGACACUGCAGACGUUCCAGGUACACGUGACUGCCCAGAUUUAUAGCAGGUCUUCGUAUUAUCGCCCUCGAAAAUGCUUGUGUGUUACUAUGCAUACGGUGUGUCAGCAGAUGCAGAUGCGUUUUGAUGGCUUACUUGGCUUCCCUGGCGGGUUGGUGAAGCCCUCUGAGGAAAGUCUGGAGGCAGGCCUGACUCGUGAGCUCCAGGAGGAGGUGGGAGUGCCUGUGGCAGUGACGGCGGACGACUACGUGUCCUCUCACCUCGCCCCAGCCCCUCCCUGCCUCAUCACGCACUUCUACACCAAGAAGAUAGAGGAGGCUGAGCUGAUCGACAUAGAGAGAGCUGCAGUAGCUACCGCUGCAGACCAUGGCUUGGAGGUGUUGGGCAUGGUGCGCGUGCCCCUUUACACCUUGAGGAAUGGCGGUGGCCUUCCCUGGUUCCUGUCCCACUCCUUCAUCAGUAACUCGCGUGCUCAGCUGCUGGAGGCCCUGCAGCGUCUGGGUCUGGUGCCUCUCCGGGCCCUGGAGGAAGCAGUAAGGCAGGCGGACGUGAGACGUGCCGACCAGGGUGAGCCUCACUGAUGCAGGCUCUACUCUCCCUGAGGCUUCAUGAGCAGGGGGCAUCACCCUUCUUUCAGACCUCUUCCACAGUUACACUGGGGUGCUCUCCUCUGGGCCUGUGUUGAUUACCCCCCCCCCCCCCCAUUACCUCAGUUGCACUCUGAAUGGGCAGAAUCUACUCUGGCAGACAUUUAUUGAUGUGUUUCAGGGGUAUUAGGGCUUGUUUACUUGGACACGUGCAAACGUAGGACAUUUCCUUCUGUGGAGUUCACGUGUGUGGGUAUUCAGCUCUGGUGAAUGUUUCAUGAAAUUAAGUGACCUGUGAGGAAAUCCUUUUUUUUUUUUUUUUUUUUUUUUUGAGAAUUGUUUCAUUUGAAUGGACUAAGCUUUAUGGCCUGCUCCUAUAUAUUCAUAUGUAAUAUGUUUAGAUGCAAGUAAAUGUAACAAGCAUUUAUUUAUUUAUUUAUCUUUUUUUGGUUGCAUAUUACAUUUUGGUAUUCGAACUUCGCUUAGUCAGUCAUUUAUAGGUUGCAGUUUUCAGAAUGGCCACCUGAUCGUGCUGUUGUGUUCCUUCAUCUCUUAGAAUAACUGACUAUUACAUAAUGCAUCAGCUGCAUUACACUAAUACUUAUGAAAACUGCUCAGUAAAAGGGUGGUGUACUCUAUAUAUAAUCGUUCUGAGUGGGCAUUUAUUGUUUCUACAAUGUAAAGCUGAGACAUCUAAUUUAAAAUUGAUAGCCAUGGGUUAAUGAGUUAAAAGUAAAUUUUAUAAAUAGCUUUUAAAAGCAGUAAAUUUUAAGUAUUUUAAAGGAGAGCUUACUUUAUUUCACAUGUCAAAAUCAAAUCAAAUGUAUGUAUAUAGUGCUUUUUACAACAGAUGUUGUCACAAAAAGCAUCUUUACAAAUGUCCAAGCCCACAGUGAGCAAGCCAAGGGUGACGGAGGCAAGGUAAAGCUCGCUAGAGCAUGAGGAAGAAACCUGGAGAGGAACCAAGAUUCAAAGGGACCCGUUCUCCUCUGGCCGACACCGGUCACCACAAUAGGAACAAUUUCAAGAGAUAAAUAAAUAAUAAUAAAAAUGAAAAAUGAAAAAAAAAAAAAAUGGAUUGAUGUCCAGCAAUUGAUGUCCAGUCUGGUUUUCUAGAGGUCCUGGCCUUGUCCCAAUGGUGUGCGUGUGACCCCUUCUAAGAUUUUUGGACGCUAGACUUUUCAGACAAUUUUUUCCCCAUUAAUUUUACAUACAUUUUGGACCUUAAUACAAAAAACCACCCUCCCCCAACAAAUACACAUUACGUAUACGCAUCUUUGUCAAAUCUGUCCAGACUCUUUUUCAGAAGGUGCGUUUCAUAAUGCUUUAGUUGUUUUUUGUCUGCCUUUGUCGACAGUGAAUGACUUAUGUACUGUAUCGGGACUGUUUCCCAAACAUGUCAGUUAAGCAAAUGUCAUUCAUGGAAGUAUGUUUGCACAAGAGUAUGAAUAUGCAUUGAA